AUCAGCGAGCAACACAUAUCGAUCAGCUAGCACAGCACAAUCGCUUUAGCUACCUUGAGAAACUCUUCUGCAUUGGAUCGAUCUGCAAUAAUGGCGCGGAAAGUAGGCUUUGUCCUGGUGCUACUGGCGGCGGCGACGCUCGCCAUGGAGGCCGGAACGGCGGCGGCGCAGAGCUCGCCGCAGGACUUCCUCGACGCCCACAACGCCGCCCGGCGCGGCGAGGGCGUGGACCUCCCCGACGUGGCGUGGAACGCGACCCUGGAGGCGUUCGCGGAGAGCGUGGUGGCGAGCGCCGCCGCCGGCGGCGCGUGCGAUCUCCGGCACACGUCGGGCAGCGGCUACGGCGAGAACCUCUACUGGGGCCCCGCCGGGAAGGCGUGGUCGGCGGCGGACGCGGUUGGCUUGUGGAUGGAGGAGAAGGCGUCCUACGUGUACAGCAGCAACACCUGCACCAAAGGGGCGCUGCUCGACUGCGGCCACUACACGCAGAUCGUGUGGCGGAGCACGACGUCGAUCGGCUGCGGCCGCGCCGUCUGCAACAACGGCGAUGUCCUCAUCAGCUGCAACUAUUUCCCGCCCGGCAACGUCCCCAACGAGCGCCCGUACUAGCUAGUAGAAUUAAUACUGGAGUAGAUGCAUGUACGUUAGGCGCGCAUCAGAUAUCUAUAUGUAAAACAUACAGAAUACAGUACGUUAUUCGUACUUAAGGAGUACAUGAUAAAUAAAGGAUUUGUUAUGUUGAAAUUCCUUUCUA